CUCCACCACACGCUGUCAGUGGGCUCCCACCCACACAAGUCCUUCCCCGCUCCCUCCUGCUCCCUCUCCAGUGCUGUUACAUGGGAUGGAGCACACACCAACUCACCCUGUGCCGCUCCAUGCCCCCACAUUCACACAGCCACCAUCUCACCGUCUCUCCGUGCCCUUCUCAUUGCCCAGCCCAGCUCACGGUGGUGGCACCGAGCCUCCGGGUCACUGCCAUCGUGGGACAGGACGUCGUGCUGCGCUGCCACUUGUCCCCUUGCAAGGAUGCUCGAAGCUCAGACAUCAGAUGGUUCCAGCACCGGUCCUCUGGUUUUGUGCACCACUACCAAAAUGGAGUGGAUCUGGAGCAGAUGGAGGAGUAUAAAGGGAGGACAGAACUGCUCAGGAAUGGGCUCUCUGAUGGAAACCUGGAUCUGCGCAUCACUGCUGUGAGAUCCUCUGAUAGUGGCUCCUACAGCUGUGCUGUGCAAGAAGGUGGUGAUGGCUAUGCAGAAGCUGUGGUGAACCUGGAGGUGUCAGAUCCCUUUUCCCAAAUCGUCCAUCCCUGGAAGGUGGCUCUGGCUGUGGUCAGCACACUUCUGCUUGGGUCAUUUGUCAUCACUGCUUUUCUCUGUAGAGAGCGAGGUGAGCUGAGAGCAGAGGGGAUGGAGCGCAGGGAGGUGUUGUGCAGGGACAGGGAUGGUCGGGAUGGUGCUGAGCUCUGCUCCAUGAAGAUACACAGGAAGAGGAAGAGAGAUUUUUCCUGGGAUUCCCAUAUUGCUUGUUAAACAGAACUUGCCUUUUGUUUUUGGGAAUGAGGGAAGGGGAAAAAGGAUUGUGGGUGGGAAGAUAGGAACGUGGCUGGAGCGUGGGACACGUGCAAAUGACCAGACCCUCUGAAGACAUCCUCAUAAACCAAGCUGCCCUGCUGAGCAUCUCCUCCUCCACUUUGUUUUACAGUGGCUCAGAGCAGAGGCCUGAGUGAGUACUUCCAGCCCCUUCCACCACCAAAAUCCCUUUAAUGGAUCUGAAAGAAGACUGCAGAGUGCGGGGUUUAUGCUGUGUGCUGGGGCCAUGGGAUCUUUGGGGCCUUGGGAGGUUUUGUGGCCUUGGCGUGUGCUGGGUUCAUGGGAUGCAGUUGGGUUGUGGGAUGUAUCAAUCCAGACUGCUCCUUGCAAAACUCUUAUCCAAUCAUUUCAUUUGAAUGGGUUUAAUCACAUCUUGGGACCAAAGUGGUCAUUGUCCCCUUUCGGUUCUGGGUAUGGGAGCAGACAUGGGAUGAGGAAGCAUUCUCUCUGACCAUGCAUUUCGUUUGCUUUUGUUUUGAAGAGAGAAAAGAUGCAGAGCUGGGUAAGUCUCCUUCCCCAAAGUGAGGGACUUCAUGGUCUCCCAAUGGCAUCAGCCGUGGGAUGAGCAGCUCUCCCCUCUGACCCUGCACUGCUCUGCUCUUCCUUUUCCAGCACAACAAGCUGAAAUACUG